AUGUCCCACAAACCAGGCAUCAUCGUCGUGCACUCCCGCCCCUUAUCUCCACUUUUGCCUCCUAUUGUCUUUCAAACAUGGUACGAGAACAUCCACAUCCCUGAUGUCCUAGCAACCGGACAUGUGAGCUCCGCAGCAAGAUACCGCCUCACAUCGCCCGAAGCUAAUAACUCGAUGCCAUUUCUUGCUGUCUAUCACUUGCCAGACAUGAACUGGCUGCACCAAGACAACUGCCAAUUCUGGAAGAUCCCGCUCCACAGCAAGAUCCUACCCGGUGACCACAGCAGCAUCCUUGAUGUUGCCGAGUUCAAGACAGAGUUUUACGAGACUGUGGACACGGUACAAUUUGGGGAGCCUGCCGACGGCGGGAAUGUUCCGUCAAAGUUGUUGCUCAACUUCUUCCCACAGUCCAAGCAGGGUGCAGAUUCGAGGUCCCUUCACCAAUCCGCCCUCGCCAACCUGGGAAUCGGAGGGUCCGAAACUAUCCAGCAGUCCAUGAAGUCAACAUUGUUCAAAGCAGAUCAAUCCCGCCCUCACCACCCCGCCGUGCCCGCACCACGUGGGACACCAGGAGAAAUGGAAUAUCUUUGCACGGUAAGAAAACUUGGCCUCGGGCUUGUUGACCCUGCCGUGAUCUAA